GGGGGAAACAUAUUCGUCGCACACAAGUGAGCAGAUGUUCAUUAAACACGUGACUACAUUGGGGGGAAAAACUAAUCACAUCACUUUUCUCAAGCGAUUACUGUGAUUUAUUGGACGAACACUUUGGAGAAGCUCCUUGGAUAUUUCGGAAUUACUGUAGCUGUCCCAGAGCACAGACGUCAUUGACCCACUACACAAGAUGAGCUCUCCAAAGAAAGCCACGACUGAACCUCACGUAGUCAAAGAGGAGCUGAUUGCGAGUGGAAAGUGGGUGAAGCUCGAGAAGACCACAUACGUGGACCCCUCUGGAAGCACCAGAAUAUGGGAAACGGCAAAGAGAACGACCAGAGUAGCCAACACUGAAGCUGAUGGUGUGGGAAUCAUAGCCCUGCUGAAGAGGACUCUGCACAAAGAUUGCGUUGUUAUGGUGAAGCAAUUUAGACCACCCUUGGGCUGCAACACACUUGAGUUUCCUGCAGGUCUUAUUGAUGACAAUGAGAGUGCUGAAACAGCUGCUUUGAGAGAACUAAAGGAGGAAACUGGUUACAAAGGAGAAGUAGUGGGCAACACCCCAGUCACAUGUUUAGACCCAGGCCUAUCAAACUGCACCACACAGAUUGUAAUGGUACAUAUAAAUGGAGAUGACAUUGAAAAUAUAAACCCCACUCAGCAGCUGGGUGAGUGUAAUGAUGCUGUCUUGCAUCUGAAAGCGUUUUUAAUGUUAUUUCAUCACAGGAACACUCAAAAGUUAAUAUAAUACAUUUUAAAUGUUCAAAUGUUUUAAAUGUUGCACAAACUGUGAUUUUUUUCUUUUUUCUUUUGUCUCCAUCCUUUUGUCUUCUUCAUUGUGGCAUGUCUAGGUGAUGGAGAAUUUGUAGAGGUGAUUCUUCUACCUCUGGAUGAAUUUCAGCAAAAAAUUGACGAGCUGGUGCAGAAGGAGAAAAUAGUGGUGGACUCCAAGGUGUAUAUUUAUGCAAUGGGGAUGUCCCAGGCCUUCUUUAAACCUAGAGAGUUGCCUGUGCUGAAACAGUGAAAAUUUAAGUGCAUAAACUUCUCCACUGGAUAAAACUGUACACAGCUGACAGUGAAACUUGUUUACUGUUACACACUAUUGUGAGCACAUGGGAGUGACAAAAUCAGAUGAUACUUGACAAAGGCCUUAGAGUUUUACCAAGGUUGCCUAAACAUUCCUAACAAACUAACAAUACUUAAUUAACAGUUAUUUACUUAAGCUUGCACAAGACCAACUGGAAUGAUUUGCAUUGCUAUCUGUGACAUUUUGGGAUAUGUACUGUACUGUCUCAUGUUAUUCCUCCACGACCAGUAAUAACAAAUAUAUCUAAAUAAAUUCUUAUUAUGGUAAAAUGGUACAAAUGUACUCUAGCUGUGUAUUCAUAAAAGGUCAGUAGCAGAUUCAUCAUUACAUGUAAGAAUUACCAAGUUAUUAUAGAUUCAUUUGGGAUUAUACAUUCAGUGCUGUCUGAAUAAUAUUUCAGUAAUAGUGUGUUGCUGAAUAACUGUAUUAAUUUUUUAUCAAAUAAAUUGGAAAUUUGGGGU